AUGCGUAAUGCAUUAGUUGUGGAAGAAGAUUAUUUUGUUGCUCCUACAAAUCAAGUCUAAUAAAAAUUAUAAUAUUAAUUUAGUAGAAGUAGUUAUUCAUCAAACAUAAUUAUAUUUUAUGAAAAUCACUUAUUCAAUUUUAAGACUAUAAAAUGAGUCUUCUCAACAAAAUAUUACCAAUGUGUAAAGCUUAUGCAUACGUGGAACCAAUAAUCAUCAAUAAUACUAUUGACUAUUUAAAAUAUGGUGCUACAGGUGAACUAUUAUGUCAAAAUAUCAGAAAUGAAUGGUUAUAUAGCAAUGUAACUAGUAGAGAUGAAAGUGUAUUUCAAUUUUGUAAUAACCAGGAUAAAUACAACAAUGAUAUUUUAAGUCUUAAAGAUCCAUUUAUGAAUGCUAAACAAUUUUGCAAUAAUCAACUACCAUUCAGUUUUGCUGAUUCUCGAAGUAUCUGUGAACAUCCAGAUUCAAAAGAUUCCGGCGUUGGAGAUAGAAAAUCAUUUAGCCCUAAGAACUUUACAAGAUUAAAGUAUUUUGCAUUUUGUAUACCAGAAGAAAGUCAACAAUUUUUCUAUCACUGGCAAAGGCAACGCAAAAUUUGGUGGAGAAAAUUCUCGGCCAAUCCUGGUAGAUUUUCAUUGACAGAAAUAUCAACCGAUGAUAAUGGCCAAGAGACCACAGAAAUUCGUGCUGAAUUUGAAUGGGGCCAAGAGACAAUUGAAACUAUACGUAACGUAAAUACUAAAAUGUUUGAUAAUCUUGAGCCAGCAGAACAAGAAAUGUUUUUAUCGAGGGUAGGAAAAAGAAAAGUCUUGCCUCACGUUGUGGAAAGUGAAACUAGUCUCGAAAAAGCGUGUAUGGUGUUUCUGUGUGAUGGAUAUGCGGAAUUGCCUUAUCAUAAUGAUUUCAGGGAAGUGUUCCGGUUUCAUCGUAAAUUGGCUCCGUAUAAAAUAACAUUUGCAGCUCCGCUAUUAAAUGCCAAAAAAGCAGACGAACUGAGGCAACUCUCCAUAUACUUAGGACUAAAUUUAAAAAAGUCUGGAGUAUCAACCUUAAUAACUCCAAAUAUAGCAAAAAAAUCUCUCGAAUCGCAAUUCACGGAUUCAGACUGCCUUGGUAUACCUUAUAUAGCUGUACUCAAUGAGUCUACUUUAGAAGAUGGUAUUGUAGGACUUCGUAGUAUUGAAACUACUCUUGAGGAAAAAAUCCAUGUGGCCAAAUUGACUUCUUACGUUGAACUUCUCAUAAAGAAUUAUUGAUUAUGUCAUUACUUCACUAUAAAAUGUAAAUUAAUUAUUUGAAUUUGAAUUUGUUAAAUAAAAUAUAUUUAUGUAACAUACAUGAUUUUAUUGAUGUUAUAAUGGAACAAAAUAUUAAUCUACUAAAUACACAUAUUCAUUUGUAAUUGCAUAACAAAUUUUAAUUAAAAGAUUUUUCUUAUACUCAAGUGACAUAAUUUUAAUUUUACAAAAAAAUAUAUAAUAUACUUCAAUA